AUGGCUUCACGUAUGAGCUUAUGUCUUCUGUUGGUUCUUGUUGCUUCUGCAACAGCUUCUGCUCAACUAUGUCCUCAUUUCUAUGACAUAGUGUGUCCUGACGCUUUACCAACUAUUAAACGUGUUGUUGAGGCUGCUGUUAGCCAAGAACAAAGAAUGGGUGCUUCUUUAUUGCGUCUUCACUUCCAUGACUGUUUUGUUAAUAGGGUGGAUGAAGAUGUGGAGGCUCGUGUGGUUCCUGCGCAGACAUCAUUUAACUGUUGCAUGUCUCGCGAUUCUGUUGUUGUGCUAGGAGGACCAACAUGGAAAGUGCCAUUAGGGAGGAAAGACUCUACCACAGCUAACAAAACGAAAGCUGAAACAGACCUUCCAGGACCAUUUUUAGACCUUCCUGCACUUAUUGAUGCCUUCAAGAAACAAGGACUAAACGAGACAGACCUAGUUGCAUUAUCUGGUGGCCAUACAAUAGGUUUUUCACAAUGCGGCGCUUUCAGGGAUAGAAUCUACAAUGAAACUAACAUCGACCCAGAAUUUGCACAAGAACGAAGAUUAACUUGUCCAAGAACUGGAAACAACACAAAUCUUGCACCGUUUGACCCAACACCAGCUAGUUUUGAUGUCGCUUAUUUCAACAGCUUGACAAAUUUGAAAGGACUUCUCCAUUCUGAUCAACAGCUUUUUAAUGGUGGCUCCACUGAUGCGCUUGUAAGUACUUACAGUUCAAAUCCAGAAGCUUUCAGGGCUGAUUUUAUCAAGUCUAUGAUUAGAAUGGGGAAUAUUAAACCAUUGACCGGAAAUGAAGGUGAAGUUCGUUCGAAUUGUAGGGUGGUGAAUGUGAAUCAGGCGGUUUGGGAAAUGUAGUUCUAUAUCAUUUAACUCGAAUUACAUGAUUUCUGAAUUAUGAUACUAUAUUAAUUAUAUGUUGCUAUGUUUUAGCUUUCAGCCGGGAAGACUUAACUACAUCCUUUGUAUCCACCGGGUAGACAAGAAAUUUCUUGGGUUUCAAGUGGUUUCUUGUGUCUUUUCAUUAAUAAUUAAUGUAACGUUUUAUUAUUAAUCAAUAAAUAAAAACACAACUAGCUGUUGUCUAAUUAGGAGAA